AUGGCUGAUUCACAACAGAUCAGGACUGCAGAGAGACAUCUCACGCAGGCGCUAGAGUCUGACCAGAGGCUUGUCACCUUUCGCGAUGUUGCCCGCGAGCUGGGCUGCCAUGUGCAUCUUGCCAAAAACCUGCUACUGCACUACCUCUCCACCCACCCUGACGUCAUUCCCACCUACCUGCUCUCCGGCCCCUUGCUCGCGACGUCCGCCGUUGCCCAGACUGAUCUGACGAGGGCGGCGUCGCCCUCUGCGACUGCGACCCAGUCUCUGGCCCACCUGUCGGCCACGCAAAAGAUUCGUGUUGUGCACAUGGACGAAAUGAGUGAAGACGAGUGGAACUCGGAAGCCGAGGAGGAGGAGGAGCAGAAGGAGGAAGACUUCGAGGAGCUCGCUAGCGCCGAGGAGUCCAUCAAGGUCGACGGUGACGACGCCUUGGACGACGUUGUGCCCAGGUGGGGCGUUGUCCUGGUCAACCAAGACAGUCUGGACGACAAGAAGAAGCUCUUCAGCGGCGAACAGCUCAGCGUCCACAUCUACUCGUUGGCCCCAGCCCCUUUAAAGGACCCUGCUCUUUAUCUCGCCGCUUCGGCUGGCCUGCGUGCACACUCGAGCUACAUUGACGCCGCGACAUACGGCACAAUCUCGGGAGUGUCUUUGGGCGCCAGCGGUCCGAAGCGCAUGCGCGACGGUGGCCUUGACUCGAUCGCCAAGAAGGCCGAGGUCAAGACUGAAGUCAAGCCUGAAGCCAAGGGCUCUGCUGUCAAGAAGGACGCCAAGAAGGAGGACAAAAAGUCUUUCUUCGCCAAGAAAGAGUCGCCUGCCGACAAGGAGGAGGCCAAGAGCAAGGAGCAGAAGAAGCCGCCUGCACCACCUCGUACACUGAAGAACAAGAGGCGGAUCAUCACCUCGGAUGAUGAAGACGACGAUGAGCCAGCGGGCGCGGGCUCCUCAAAAUCUCCAUCGAGGCCGCCUCCUCAAUCCACGAAGCCCUCGCUCGAACCCACCUCGUCCAUGGUCCGCGCCGAAGACCAGGCGGCAAUGGAGGCCAUGAUGACCAUGGAUGUCGACUUUGACGACAUUGAAGAGAUAUCAGAGCCAAAGGCCAAGGCCGCGCCUCGCGGGUCAAAGGGCACCGCCCGAAAACGGCGACAAGUCAAAAAGUCCAAGGUUGAGAUGGAUGACAAGGGCUACAUGGUGACCAAGGAUUACUACACCGACGAGUCGUACUCUGGAUCUGACACGGAUACGGACGCACCCAAGCCGACUUCCAAGCCCUCGUCAGUGGCACCACAAGCGAAGAAGGAAGCACCAGCACGUGCAAGUGGAGGGGCCAAAGCUGCUGCGGCGCCUGCACGUCCAGCGCCUGCGCGUUCGACGGCGCCAAAGAAGCCAGCGCCGCUUGGACAGAGCAGCAUUGCAGGCUUUUUCAAGAAGAAGUAG